ACGACGGCACGGACGCACGGAGCUGUUCGAUUUCGAGCUUUUCUGCUUUUCUAUUGCGCAGCAACGGCGGCGCUUUAAGUUUUUGCAAGUGGAUUUACGAACGCACUCGUCCCCCAACUGCAUGUCAAUAUCAUCUGUCCGUUGCCGAGCUCAACGCGAUUGCUGUUCUAAACAAUACCCUAACCUAGCAUAUUUCGUUCGUUAUACGUGGCAAAACUACGAGUAUUUUCAACAAGAUUUAAUCAUGUUCUCUGGAUUUACAAAUCAAAUGAGCUCAAUCUCUUCGUGGAUUGGAGCAAAGAAAGCAGGUGGCCCAUCAGAGGAGUCAAGCCCUCAAAAUCCUGAAGAUGAACCUGUUGUUACAGAAGCUGCUGCUACCAGCCCAGUUACAUCUGAGGCUAAUGGAGGUGAACCAGAACAGCCCAAAGCAGAUCUCUUUAGCAGCAUGAAGAAUCAAAUGAGCAGUUGGUUGUCCAAGAAGGAAACCACUGAUCAGCCAGAAGAAACAAAGGAGCAACUUACAGAGGAACCAGUAGUCGUCGUUGAAGACGAAACUAAAGUUGAAGAAGAGACCGGAGAAAUUGAAGGAGAUAAAGAAGGUUUCGGUUCGGGCUUAGAGGAGGUUUCCAAUAAAGCCAUGCAAGGGGCUCGUACAAUCGGGAGCUUCUUUGCUUCUGCCGUGAGCAAGGCUGGUAAAACAGUGACUGAAGCUGGCGCUAAAAUCAAGAAAACGGUCGAAGAAACGACCAUCCUGAGUGAAUUCAAUAAAGAACAAGAGGCGUUCAUUAAGAGCAAAAAUAAAAUGGAAGGAUCCAUUCCACCUUGGGUCGGUUACCCGGAAGAAGAGGCCCUAAAGGCUGAGAUCUUGUCACUUUCAACUGAUCGACGCAAUUUCGUGAGAAGCCCACCUGCAGGCGUUGAUUUCCAGUUCGACUAUGAUUCUUUCUACCCGAUCGCCCUAGCAACACUCGCUGAGGAUCCAAACCUGGAAACAAUGCGCUUUGAACUGGUCCCCAAAAUCAUCAAAGAGGAGCUAUUCUGGCGCAACUAUUUUUACCGGGUUAGUCUUUUAAGACAGUCGACGGAGCUGUCUUCGAUGACCCAAGGAGAAGGCAACAGGGACUCUGCCAACCAUUCUCGUGAAUCUAGCUUCGACGAAGAGGACAAAACAGAGGGCGCCGAUACGCCUGAUUCUCCGAUGAACGAGUUUGUUUCCGAUUCAUAUCAAAGCAACACGCUAUCCAAAGACCUGAAAGAAGUCCAGGAGGGCAUCAAACGUCUGGGCACCAAGAAACCGAACGAUGAAGAAUGGGAAAAGGAGUUACAGGCCGAGCUUCAGGAUUACGAACUCGGCAGCGAAGGAUCUGGACAGACAGGUGGAGCUGACGCCGACGAUAUUGAAGAAAUGUUGGACGCGGAAGAAUCGCAUGGGGAUCUAAAGUAGUGCGUGUGUCAUGCAGGAUCGUGUACCCGUAACCCCGCAUCAACCUGGACGUUCCUUGCACAGUAGUUGAUGUCAAUUUUUUUCUAUCUUUCUCUCUCACUCUAUCUCUCUAUUUUUUCCGCGCGAUCAUUCGGUUUUUUACUCGGAAACCAAAUCAUCGGUGUAUGCAAUCCGGUUCGUAUGUGUGUCUGCCCUUUCAAGGCGACCCCCCCCCUCUCCCCCGUUUUUCUUGUAGCCUCUGCCUGGAGAAAAGAACCAGUUCCUCCAAAAAUUGCCCGAGCUAAAAUUAGUCAAAAAAUAUUUCUUUUUCUUUGUGUCUAGUUUCUUCUUUUCUCAACUGCAAAGUUCAGCCAUUCCCUUUUAUGUGUGUGCUUUCUUUCCUGGCUUUCCGACGAUAGUUAGAGGAUGUUUGCACAACUGUUGUACCCAUUUUUUCUCGUUUUCCAAACACACACUUCCCUGAGUAGCCACAGUGAAAACAUCAUCGGUCUCAUAUUAUCGUUUAUCUGCGAUUACUUAGGGUUAAAUUGGCACGACGUAGUAGGUCCGCAAUAUCAAAAGUUGAGCAUUCCGUGCAUUGAUUAUUUGGCAGGAAAAAGUUUAUAUUAGUUGUAAAAGAAAGAAUGCAUUCGUUUUUGCGUUUCUCUCGGUUGUUGUGCGUUAUCGUCCUCUCCCCUUCUGAAUGUUGUUGCACGUGAAAAUCACCUCAAUUUCCCAAAAUGCUAUUCGAAGACGAAUUGGCAGCAAACAAAACCUUAUUAUGUAUAUAAUUAAAAAUUAAUUGGUGUUCACACAUGGCAGGAUAAGAAUAAGGAAAAAGAAAACCGGACUUAGAAGCGCGACCUCACAAAAAUAACAUCGAUAUAGAAAAAAAAAGAAAAAAUAUUUGGUCCAUUUUGCAGUGUUUCCUCCCCCCCCCCCUUUUAAUACCAAAUUCUCAUGAUUGCAAAACCCCAAAUUUACAUGUAAUCUUCUAAUUAAUUGUCCUCUCUCUCUCUCUUUUUCUCUCUUUUUGAUUGUAACAUUAUUAUUCUAUGUGUGUUUUCUCGGUUGUUAAACGGUUCGUUUUUUAUUAUCCCCCCCUUUCGUCGGAUAUGAUGUUUUCAUGAAUAUACGGUUGUAUAAGCGUUA